GCCCGCCAGUGCUCCUGAGGGAGAGGCUGGGGAGAGCCCGGGACCCACGCGGCUCAGCCAGUGGCUGACGCACCCUCGAAAAGUUGCGCUCCGACCUUCUCACGACCUACAUUCUUCCCGGGCACUCCUGAGUUUGAGUCAGGCCGGGAGGACCUGGGCCGAGACUUUCCAGCGGCGACCGCCAGCGGGGCGAAGAGCCGGUCCUGCUUUCCUCACGGGGUCCCGCGCGGGUGUCCCCGGGACAGCAGCGCAAACUUUCUGUACUGUCUGAAGACACUUGUCCAGCGAGCCCCACUGCUUGGGGAGGAGGAGCCACGGCCGGAGACAGAUUUUUAAAGUCUUCUUCUAGGGGUUUCCAGCAGAGCCAAAUACUAGAGAAAUCUUUUCCGCUCCUCUGAAGAGUGAAGUGAGCAAAUACAACCCAGCAGUAGGCUAUUGAAGACAGCAGCCCCAGGUUUUGGAAGGUGACAAUGAAAUGCAAAGAAGUUACAUUUCUCGAACUUGAAAGUUAGUGACUGCUUACCAAAUUUUAAUGAAAAUUAAAUAUGACUUAGAAGCAUUGAUUUAUGAAGGUUUAUGAUGUCAUCAGUUUCGACAGAAAGCAAACUCCAGCAGGCUGUGAGCCUACAGGGAGUUGACCCAGAAACAUGCAUGAUUGUAUUUAAAAACCACUGGGCACAGGUUAUGAAAAUCUUGGAGAAGCAUGACCCCUUGAAGAACACCCAGGCAAAAUACGGGUCUGUCCCUCCAGAUGAGGCCAGUGCUGUGCAGAAUUAUGUAGAACACAUGCUCUUCUUGUUGAUUGAAGAGCAAGCCAAGGAUGCUGCAAUGGGGCCGAUUCUGGAAUUUGUGGUCUCUGAGAACAUCAUGGAGAAACUUUUCCUUUGGAGCUUGAGAAGGGAAUUUACUGAUGAGACUAAAAUUGAGCAGCUAAAGAUGUAUGAGAUGUUGGUCACUCAGUCGCACCAGCCUCUGCUCCACCACAAACCCAUUCUGAAGCCUCUGAUGAUGUUGCUGAGCUCUUGUUCAGGAACAACCACCCCCACUGUGGAGGAGAAGCUGGUUGUCCUACUCAGUCAGCUCUGUUCCAUUCUUGCCAAAGAUCCAUCCAUUCUAGAACUCUUCUUCCACACUAGUGAAGACCAAGGUGCUGCCAACUUCCUCAUCUUCUCCCUUCUGAUUCCCUUCAUUCACCGAGAAGGGGCAGUAGGCCAGCAAGCUCGGGAUGCCUUGCUAUUCAUCAUGUCUCUCUCUGCAGAGAACAGCAUGGUGGCCCAUCACAUCGUGGAGAACACCUACUUUUGUCCAGUACUUGCAACUGGGCUCAGUGGCCUCUACUCUUCCCUGCCUACAAAGCUAGAAGAGAAGGGCGAGGAAUGGCACUGCCUUCUGAAAGAUGACUGGCUUCUACUUCCUUCUCUGGUCCAGUUCAUGAACUCCCUGGAAUUUUGCAAUGCAGUCAUACAGGUGGCUCACCCCUUGAUUCGAAAUCAGCUUGUCAAUUACAUUUACAAUGGAUUUUUGGUACCAGUCUUGGCUCCUGCUCUCCAUAAGGUGACUGUGGAGGAGGUCAUGACCACAACUGCGUAUCUGGACCUUUUCCUGCGUAGCAUCUCCGAGCCAGCACUGCUUGAGAUCUUCCUCCGUUUUAUCCUAUUGCACCAGCACGAGAACGUCCACAUCCUAGACACUCUCACGAGUCGAAUCAACACCCCGUUUCGGCUUUGUGUGGUGUCCCUGGCAUUAUUCAGAACUCUCAUUGGUUUACAUUGUGAAGAUGUGAUGUUACAGCUAGUUCUAAGGUAUCUGAUCCCCUGCAAUCACAUGAUGCUCAGUCAGAGGUGGGCUGUGAAGGAGAGAGACUGUUACUCUGUUUCUGCGGCCAAGCUGCUCGCCUUGACUCCUGUCUGCUGCUCCAGUGGGAUCACUCUGACGCUUGGGAACCAAGAGAGGGAUUAUAUUCUCUGGUCAAAGUGUAUGCAUGACAGUUCAGGGCCUGUGGAGCGGCCGUUCCCCGAAGCAUUCUCCCAGUCGGCCUGCAUUGUGGAGUAUGGGAAAGCCCUGGACAUCAGCUAUCUGCAGUAUCUGUGGGAGGCCCACACCAACAUCCUCCGCUGUAUGAGGGACUGCCGUGUCUGGUCCGCCCUGUAUGACGGUGACUCCCCCAGCCCUGAGACAUUUCUUCAGAGUCUAACAGAGGAGGGCAGUGUGAGCUCGGCCUGCACUGUGUUUGGGCUCCCGCAGCAACUCCCCAGGAAGACAGGACCUCAGCUGCCUCCCAGAAAGGACAAGGGCCAGACAGAGCUAGAAUGGGAUGACAGCUACGACCCUGGAAUCUCCUCAGGGGCUGACGUGGGCUCCCCGGGGCCUUAUGACGAUCUGGAAGCUUCAGGACCCCCGGCACCCAUUGAUCCCCCCAAACACAUCCAGGAGAUGAGGAAGAAUGCCAUCCUGCUCUUUAAAGGGUCCUACAUUGAAGAGUCAGACUUUCAAGAUGAUGUGAUAGUGUACAGGCUGUGUGCUGAGAAGGACUCUGAGGAUGCGAGGGAUUCUCAGGAGAAAGCUGCUAGGCCACCAGCUGAAGCCCAGGCUGAAGUUCAAAGUGUCCUCAUCAAUAAUGGCCCCCUUCUUAGCCCCCAGCCAGACACAGAUUCAGAGGAGGAGUGCAAUAGGGACAAUUCAGACCCAUUUCAUAGUGAGCCCAGGGAGCCAAAGCAAGAGAGGGAGCCUGAAGCAGCCCCAGAAUCCAACUCAGAGUUAGCAUCCCCUGCCCCUGAGGCAGAGUACAGCUCUAACCUGAUGGCCACUAAUCCGGAGAGUGAGGAUCUUAUUGCCCAGUAUGACCAAAUCAUUAAAGAGCUGGAUUCAGGUGCUGAGAGCUUGAUGGAACAGAAUUUCCCCACACCUGAUCCCUUGCUUCUCACAAAGGAGGAAGAAGGGAAGGAAGAAGACAGCAAAGGAGAAGAGGAGGAGGAGGGGAAGAAGGAGCUAGAAGAGGAGGAGGAUGACUUUGACUCUUUUAUUGCGGAAAUGCCUGCUGUAGAGACUGUGCCUUCCCCAUUUGGGGGGAGAGAUGAGAUUGCCUUUGCCAGUGGCCAUCCCGUGAGGACUCAAAGCACCCCAUUCACAGGUCCAUUCAUCAGCGUGGUCCUGUCAAAGCUGGAGAACAUGCUGGAGAACUCUUUACAUGUGAAUUUGCUGCUUAUUGGGAUCAUUACUCAGCUAGCUAGCUACCCUCAGCCACUCCUGCGCUCCUUUCUGCUCAACACCAACAUGGUCUUCCAGCCAAGCGUCCGCUCUCUCUAUCAGGUCCUUGCAUCUGUGAAAAACAAGAUUGAACAGUUUGCUUCUGUGGAGAGAGACUUCCCAGGACUCCUCAUACAAGCCCAGCAAUAUCUGCUCUUCCGUGUGGACAUGUCUGAUAUGACCCCUGCAGCACUAACCAAAGAUCCCAUUCAGGAGGUUCCCAGGACAGGAAGUGGCAAGAACCUUUUGGAUGGACCUCCAAGAGUGCUUCAGCCCUUCCUGACCCAGAGAACGAAGGUGGCUGAGGCACCCCCCAACCUGCCCCUGCCGGUGAGGAACCCCAUGCUGGCUGCUGCCCUCUUCCCAGAGUUCCUGAAGGAGCUGGCGGCCUUGGCCCAGGAACACUCCAUUUUGUGCUACAAGAUCCUGGGUGACUUUGAGGACUCCUGUUGUUAGCUUUUUUUUUUUUUUUUUUUUUAAAUAGAGAUUCUUGUUUUGAAAGUUUUUAGUGUCUUGACUGAAUGUUAAAUGCAAAGCUGCUUACAAAGAUUUCUUCUUUGAUAUUUCCUGACAAUACUUGAUUUGUGGGGAGAGGAAUUUUCUAUCUCUUUCCUCUCUCUCUAGCCGGGCCUUUCCACCUUAUGUUAUAUAGAAUGUAAGUCUCAUAAGCUGGUUGCUCCCUUGGCAGUUUUCUUUGCUCAGUUUUUCCUCCUUAUAUUUCUUGGUUGUUGUUCUCCUAUCCCUUUGAGUCACCCAUCUUGCAGCUCAGAUCACACCAAGCAAAUACUGGGGUUCAGUGAAAUCUGGAAGUGCCCCAUGUCAGGAUUCUAGCCGUUCAGCAGCACAGGAAGAAUGUACUCCUCUGCAACUGUGCAAGUGGUCCUGUUACCUCCUGCACUUUGGCCUCUGUUCUAUAAAGGAAGAAUGAAGAUGGAGACCCUCUUGCCUCCAUCACAGAAGCACAUAUCACCUGUCCCUUUGGAUUUACUUCCAGAUUGUUUGUCCCCCAGCGUUUAUUGCAUUAUGGUGAGGGCAGAUACACUGGUCCAGCUCUCUGCCUGGGAAGUCAGAAGUCCUUGGAGAGAAUUUAGAAUGCAGAGUAUUGUUCCUGUUUCUUCAGAGCUUACUUUAAUCAGCAUGACACUACCUAAACACUGAAGAAUGCCUUAUUUUAGUAAGAUUUGCACAAAAUUAAGUAUACCUAUGCAAACUGUUACUUUGGUUUUUAGGAGUUUGAUUGAUCAGAUGAAGAAAGUAUGGUAUCACAUAUGUAUGUAAGAAGACGACCAUCAUUAUUUUUGUAAGUGUUUUAUAAAAACAAACUGAUUAACUUGUGAA